AUGACCUGCCCGCGAUGGAAUAAGCCGGCAAAGGAAGGGCCAUCAAGAAUACGGCACCUCAUCCGGCGGAUGGACAAGUCGCUCAACACGGCCAUGCGAGCCAUCCUCCCGCGCCAGGCACCGGGAGGCGGGCAUACCGCCAGUUUCGCACCUGCUCCAGGCGUGUCGAACGCGCUUCGCAGCCCGUCUCAAGUCCUCGACGAAGCGCGCACCGCUUGCGGUGCGAACGAAGCGAUCCGGGCCCCUGUCAUCAACAGGGCCAUUAAGUUAAAAUACCAGCGUCCACGACAACCUUCCGGACCAGACUGCGUCGCACUGACGAGCUGCUCCCAAGGUGCGCCAGGCCAGACCUUCUCGCACGUAGGUUCGCCAGCGACCAGCGUGGACCUUGCAAACUGCGCCGAAAGAAGAAUCGGCGGCAAACUUCGGCGAGUGGCUCCAAUCAGUUGCUCCACGGACAGCAAUCGUCUACUCGGACGGAUCCUCUCCCGGAGGAGCCGCGGGUACGGCUAUGCGGUACAUCAGGAUGGACUCACCGUCCUCAGCGGCGAGAGGCUCCUAGAGGGUCUGCGUGCUGCGUUGAGCCUCCCGGCUGCAGACCAGAUUGUCGUAUGCCUCGAUAACCUCGCGAAGGAGUUCCUGGAAUUCCAGGCCUUGGCCGCAGAACAUGGUGCCACUGAGAUCCGCUGGAUCCCCGGCCACACCAACAUCCCAGGUAACGAGCAGGCAGACGCCUUAGCAAAGGCAGGAACCUCUCAACCCGAGCCUGCAGACGCUCUCCCGACGCUGGCAUAUCUGCGCAAGGUCGCUAGGCAGCGACCAAAAGACGCAUUCAAAGCCUGGUGGGAAGUUUCUGCACCCCAACAGUACAGGGUCCUCGACCUCGAUGCCACGACUGGCUGCCCGCCAGAACUUACCAUUCCACGACCUCUGCUCCACCAUCUGCUCGCAGCAAGAACCCACCACGGGGACUUCGCUGAUUACCACGAAAGAACCAAAGCAUCUCUUCUAUUGCCGGAAGAUCGCGCCGCGACAUCGGAUGAGGUUGGCACCUCACCGAGCGCGGCGGUCAACCGAGCAAUAGGCAGAGACUUCGACCAGUUCGUCAAGGUGGCGAAGGCAAGCUCGUUCUUUGGAACGAUCUGCCCUCGCCACUAG